AUGAAAGCUAUGUCUUCCUCAAAGUUUAAAUUUCCAUUGUUGAUUCAACGUCGAUUACCAUAUUCGUUUGUGCUUAUUUGUUUCGUGUGCCAGUUGUAUGAAAGCCGAAAAGAUGGAAGCGGCUGUUCGUCAUCAAAACGAGAGUGGAAUUCACAAACACAUGGAUGUAACGAUGAUUCAUCCAGUAAUCGAAAAUACAUUCGAACACAGUCCUCGUCAAACAAUCGAACGGUGUCAUCGUCGUCGUCCUCUCAACAGCAACGUCAAAAUGGUGACAAAGAUAAAAAGACCGUCAAAGAUGCGAAAAAACCGCUUCGUAUUUGUGGUGAUUGGUCCGAAUUCAAAAGUUCGAAAGGCAAAACUUAUUUCUAUAAUUCCAAAACUGAGAUCUCUCAGUGGGAAAGACCAAAAGCAUGGUCAACAGAUGAAAGCACAUCAUCCUCGAUACGUUCAAGUUCCACAUCGAAUUCUAAUGAUCGAACAAAAAAAGAAUCAAGUCAUGUCACAAACUCUUCAACAGUUCGUUCUCGACAUAAGAUGGAAGAGUCAUUUCAAAACUCUCGUUCGACUAUAAAAGCUCAUCAUAACGGUGAUCAACAUUCUCAUUCUACAAAUAAUUUAAAUCAAGAUUCGUUCCAAUCCAAUGAAAAUCUAAACACGUCGUCGAACAAUCGUCAUCCUAGUUCAAACGAUGAAAACUCUCGAAUGUCACUUUCGCCGACGAAUAGUAGAGAUUCCCCAACUAUAGCAGUCUCUGAUCGAAAUGGUAAUACACUACAUUCAUCCCUGUCUGAACCUGCUGUUCAAGUCACCACUCCCAUACCCGAUGUACCAAAUAAACCUCUUGAGAAAGAUUCUAUUCCUUUGAAUGGAACUGAUACAAAAAUUGCCACGACUCGUUCAAAUCCUCUCUCAACGACAAGAACAGAUCAAACUUCGGAAAGUGAACCCUCUACUCCUUCCGUGUCAAAAGCUGAGCGUGAUCAAGAAAUUCAAAAAUAUUAUCGAAGUGAUUUAAUUCAACAUUUAACUGAUUGGCCAUCAAAUCAAUUAGAGAAACAGUGUCUAAAACUUUUCGAUGAUUAUUAUGGUUAUAGUGCUAAAAUGUCCACAGGAUUUAUUGAACUUAAAGCAUUAAAGUCGAACUUUCGCAUAUUAGAGAUAAAACGAAGUAUUUUAACACAAAGACUACUCCGGUGUCAACAACACAUGAAAGAACGAGAAGAUGAUAAACUUUUAUAG